AUGGUGUCGAUUCUUAACGAAGACGACAAGGGGACGGUGAAAAGAGUGGUGCCCAAGCAGAGCAACAAAAUCCAGGCCGUAGGCGUCGCCAGGCUCUACGUUGCAUAUCCUAAGCGUUCGAAAUGGACAUAUACAGGGUUACAAGGGGCCAUCGUGCUUGCCAAUGAUCUUGUCGGCAACACCUACUGGCUCAAGAUGGUCGACAUUUCGCCUGCGAACCGCGGAGUUAUCUGGGACCAGGAGAUCUUCGACACCUGGACCUACAACCAGGACCGAACCUUCUUCCACACCUUCGAGCUCGAGGAUUGCCUCGCCGGCCUUUCUUUCGUCGACGAGAAGGAGGCGGCCCUCUUCCUAAAGAAAAUGAAUAACCGAGAGAAGCACGCGAGCCGAGCGACCAAGGCUACUCCGUUUGGUGGCAAUGGUCAACCCACACACAAGCAUGGCUUCCUAGGCCUUGGCGGUAUCUUUGGUGGCCACCGCCAUUCGUCGGCGCCUACGCCGCCCGACUCACCUGGCGGAAACCUGUCGGCAUCGCACAGCCACCGAUCACGACUGUCGUCUGGUAGCACCACUGACGUGUCCAAGGUUAGCGAGUUUGCUUUACUUGAUGCUUUUGACCCGAGGUGGAGGGAGAAUUUCGGUCACGACCUGAGGUCGAAGGGCCUGACGGAUGAUUUUAUCAAGGACAACCAAGAAUUUAUUGUCGACUUCCUGCGAGAAGAACAGCAGAAGCAGCGUCAAAAACGAAACACACCACCUGCGGCACCUAACGGCCAUGGGAGGGCACCCCCGCCGCCUCCACCACCAGCUGCCCCCGAGAGCCCUGCCUCCCGAGCUGAGCUACCAGCCUCUACUCCUCGCCGUGGAUUACCUCCCGCGCCGCCACCGUCGAGACGUCCCGGCGGCCGCUCUGAAUCCGCCGCAAGACCUCCUUCUCCGCCUAGCGAACCACCAGCUCCCCCGCGACCCAAGUAUAACGCGCCGCCUCCUCUUCCUGAUGCGGGCAAGUUCGCGCACUCCGAAUACCACAGACCAGUACCAGCCGCUCCAGGACCCGCUCCACCUCCCCCUCCGCGACCACCCAAGACUGCUCUUAACGCACCUAGCUCAGCGCCCCCACUACCAGGUAACAGGCCUGCACCUCCUACGCCGAGCCGCGGACCCGUCCCACCGCCACCGCCGUCUCGAGAGCCCGUGCACCACGUCCCGCCCCCGAUAUCAUCAGCGCCGCCGCCGCUACCGCCAAAGGUUCCCGCUACAUCGGGCGCUGCCGUUCACGCGCCACCCCCGCCGAGCCCACGACCCGUUCCCAUGCCUCCUACAGCACCCCCAUUACCAUCAGCGAGCGCUCCCCCCGCUCCCCCACUACCUCCCCCACUUCCCUCGUCCAGUGCGCCGCCGCCACCUCCACCAGCUCCGCCUCUACCUCCACCAUCAAAUAUUCCCGUCCCUCCUCCGCUCCCCUCGUCCAGCGCACCGCCCGCGCCGCCCCUUCCUCCGCCAUCCGGUAUCCCGGCGCCUCCUCCCCCUCCACCGCUCCCUGCCACCAGCGGCCCUCCUGCCCCUCCACCCCCGCCGAUGCCCAACCGCGAUUCGGGCUACUCAUCGGGCGUCCCGAGCAUGGCUCCAGACGCAUCCCGUGCGGGUCUUCUCGACAGUAUCCAGAAGGCGGGAGGUAUCCAUUCCCUCAAAAAGGUCGACAGAAGCCAGAUCCGCGACAGGAGCGCAGCCACUGUUGGUGGUGGUGGCGGCGGCGAUACGGGCCCUCAUGGUAGCGGGCUGCCGCCUGCUGGAGUGGGUCAUGCCGGCGCGAACACUAGUAUGGCGGAUGCGUUGGCCGCUGCGUUGCAGAAGAGGAAGGAGAAAGUCAGUAAGAGUGACGACGAGGAUGACGACGACGACUGGUGA